GGUUAAAAGCUGUUCAAGCUGAUGGUUGAACAGAAUUUGGAAAUAGCUCCUAAAGUGUGUCUUACAACUUAAGUUGUGUCUUGUUGACGAUGUCAAUCAACCAAUCUGAAAUCGAAAUGGAAAACUACGUGCGGAUGGAGAAACUGGGUGAAGGCACCUAUGGAGUGGUGUACAAAGCACGGGAUAUCCGGACGAACCAAAUAGUAGCAAUGAAGAAAAUCCGUGCUGAAGAAGAUGAAGGCAUGCCAGCAACAGCGAUUCGUGAGGUCUCCAUUCUGAGGGAACUGACUCACGCAAACAUUGUUAGCCUCCUAGAUGUCUUAGUCGAAGAAUCAAAACUCUAUUUGGUUUUCGAACACAUGAGCAUGGACCUGCGCAAAUUCAUGGACUCGAAGGGAAAGGGCAGCCUGCCCCCUGAAUUGAUCAAGUCGUUUGUCUAUCAGAUCACUCUAGCCAUUCUGUUCUGCCACAAAAGACGAAUUCUGCACCGUGACCUGAAGCCCCAAAACCUGCUUGUUGAUGCGGCCGGUCGAAUCAUCAAAAUUGCUGAUUUUGGUCUAGGCCGGGCGUUUGGAAUUCCUGUUCGUACAUACACACAUGAGGUGGUCACUUUGUGGUAUCGAGCUCCCGAAAUUCUGCUUGGUUCAACUAGAUACUCUUGCCCUGUGGAUAUUUGGUCGAUUGCAUGCAUCUUUGGCGAAAUGGCAAAUAGGAAGCCCCUAUUCCAGGGAGACUCAGAGAUCGACCAGCUCUUCCGCAUUUUCAGGAUUCUGAGAACGCCCAAUGAAGACAUUUGGCCUGGCGUUUCCCAACUGCCAGACUACAAGGCCACCUUUCCACAGUGGAGCCAAAACACCCUGGCCUCUUACGUUCCAACCAUGGACGCUAAGGGCAUUGACUUGAUGCAGAAAAUGCUCGCCUUCAACCCCAUGGGCAGAGUCUCAGCCAAAGUUGCAGUCAAACAUCCUUACUUUGAUGACUUGGACAAGAGCAAAUACCCUUCUGAAGAUGAAUAAGAUGAUAAAUAUUCAUCAAUUACAGCGAAAUAUCUUCUGCGUUUGUUCAUUCUUUACGUUUUUUGUAAAUAUUUCCUUAAUAUAGUUCAUAGGACUGGAAGGAUUAUUAAUUUUUUUACUGAAACCUGAUUUCAGUUAAACUCAAAGGUAUUUUUGUAAAUUCUAUCAUUAACUUAACUGGUUGAAACUGAACAUUAAUUUCUGUUUUAUUUUUUUGUGAUAAAUUGAUCGAGUUCAUAAAAGUAAGAACAUAUUUAGAUUGUGGAGGGAAAUAAAAUUGACCUCCUGAAUUGUAAACUUUUUAAUUAUCAAUUAAAUUAUAUCAUUGUGGAGAAAG